GUUAAACUAAAUGAACAUUUAAAUAAAAUAGUUUUUUUUAUAUAGUUUAUUACAUUUGUCUAAUGUUUAUUUAUUUAUUUAUUUAUUUAAUGUUUCUUUAUGUUUUAGUUUUAGUUAACAAUAAAGCAAAAUACAGUUUAACUUCCUGUAUUUUUUCUCAAUUUACCUGCAAUUGGUAGGUGUGGCAAAAAAAGUUAAUUUUGGACCUUAUAAUGUCAGUGCUGGAUUGAGUAAAAGCAAGAAACCAAAUGUGUAGGUACCCUUUGAUUUGUGUCACUAUCUCUUGCUUUAGUAUGGCAGCAGUAGUGGACAUGACACCAACACCAGUCAUUGUGAUGCUGUAUAUUCUGAGCCGUUUAUGCAUUUCAUAAUUGAUCAAAUCAUCUAAAGGACUUAUAGAAAAUAACCACUGUAGCAGAAAAUGAAGAUUUAAGAAUUCAAACAAUGUGCAGCAACUCGAUCAGUGGCAAUUUAACAUGUUUAAGGCAUUUUAUACAAUCAUGACUUUUAUAAACUACAUUUUAAACUGAGUCUAUAUUAAACAAACCUGAUCAUGAAACAGUUUUAAGUCUACAUUACAGCAUUAAAUCAUGCAGCAUAUGUAUGCAUUAAACUACAGCAAGUGUAGAUAACAAAUGCCUAGUAAAUCUAUUAGCAAAAUGUAGCAAAAAGUCAGUAGUUUUCAAGUGCCAAUGUCAAAACCACUGUAUUUUUUCAUGCUGUAUUGUUUUUAAUGUACUUUUUAUAUAGUUUGUGUGUUUAAAGUACAAUAGUAAGUGUAUAUAUUAUUUAUCAUUUAUUUAUGUGAUUGUUAUGUUUUUUAAUAAUGAAGAAAAUGUAAAUAUAUAUCAUAUAUCUCUAGAUUUAGAUGGUCAUAACAUAAAGCUAGAGUUUGUAUUAUGACUUUUUUUCAUUAGAAAUGAUUACCUGUAUUUGGUAGCUUAUCUUACUUGUUGGUAAAAUGUUUUCAUGUCAGCUCCAAAUACUUAUAUGCUUCAUACAGUCAAUGUGUUAAUGAAGAUUCAAGAUCCCCUAAUGCUCAGCAGGGCCACCGACGACAGUUUCGCCAGAAUGUACCACAAGUCCUCAUAUGUAGACAGUUAUAUACUCUUGUUAUGACCAUUUAAAUCCUGUAUGACAUGACGGUUACUAAAUUAUAGUGGAAUUUUAAGCAGUUAUAGAGGAUUGUAUUCAGGUAACUUUUUAGAUAUAAUCUGAAAUUAUUAUGCUGUAAAAAAAAAUUUUUCUGUUGCAGUGCAAUAUAUGUUGUCGGACUGCACACUGUAGUCUAUACUUUAGCUUUAAGAAAACAUUUGUGCUAUUAUAUGUUUUAAAUCAAUCAUUUAUUGCAUACUGUAUGAGCCUAGAAGUAGCUAUCUUAAGAUAAACUAUAUUUCUACAGAUGACGUUUAGUUCUGCUGUAUUUUGUCAGAGGCUGUUUAGCUUAUCAUUUUAGGUGAGCAUGUUUUAUUAGGUUUAUGAUAAAUACUGUAUAUUUUGUAAAUAAGCUCUCAGGGUUGUUGCUGCAGUGUUUAGUUAAUAAUUUCCCAAAAUGUGAUCAGUUAUUGCUUUCAUAUGACCAUGUUAAAGAACAGUCUUCAACACCUGUGUGUCUCACUGUCACUUUUAUGCAUGCUUUGCACUUGAAACACUCACACUUUGACCUUUGAUUUAACUUGUAAACUCUAUGUUUUACUGUUUUUAAUGCUGGAGACAAUCUGUGUUGGUGGUAGCAUGGUUGAAAAACAUGACAGGGAUUUAACCGGCAGAAUAAAUCAGAACUAGGUCAUUUACUGCAGAUGUGAUUUGUUAUCGCUAUCCAGGAAAAUGUCAGGAGACUCAGAAUUAGGAUUCACUGAACAUUUAUUUAAAGUUUUGGUGAUUGGAGACCAUAAAGUUGGGAAAACCAGCUUUGUUAAACGAUUUGUGAAAAAUCAAUUCUACCAGGAGUUGAAAACGACUAUAGGUGUGGAUUUUUCUAUGAAGGUGAUAGACUGGGACAGUCACACUCGGGUGCGAUUUCAGCUGUGGGAUAUAGCAGGUCAAGAGCGUGUAAGAGGACUGAACCGUGUGUACUUCAAAGGAUCCAGUGGUGCGUUUGUUGUGUAUGACAUGACAAACGGGUCAACACUGGAUGGAGCUCUGAACUGGAAACAUGAACUUGAUGGUCAAGUAAUGUUGAAAAACGGCCGUCCGAUCCCUGCUGUUUUGCUGGCCAAUAAAUGUGAUGAGACUAAAGUGUGUCGGAGGAACGCCUCUCUUCUGGAGAAACUCUGCCAGGAGAAGGGCUUCAUUGGAUGGUUUCAGACAUCAGCGAAGGAGAAUAUCAAUGUGGAUGAAGCUGCUAAAUUCCUUGUGAAGCACAUUCUCCAAAACAAUGAGGAAUUAGUGAAAGAAGAAGAGCAGAACAUGCAGAUCAACCUGCAACAGCAGUCAAAGAGCAACUCCUGCUGCUGAUUCAGACCUCUAAAUGACUUGUUUCUAUACAGCAUAUCAUUUUGCAGUUUGGAUUUUUUAUAUUUAAUUUUAUUGUCAAUUAUUAAUAUUCAUCUAUACAUUUUGGGGGCCAUGAACGAGUACCACGUUGAAUGAGUUUGAUCUAAUAAAUACCUCCGUGGCAAUGUGUCUCAUUUAAUAUGCUCACGGGUUAUUAAAUACAUCAGCAUGGAAGGAGACUAACCGAGAUCCGCCGUACACACUUCAGCCUACAACAGUUCAGGAGUGAACAGAAAUGCUGUCAGAAUGCCAAAUUCAUUAUGUUUCUCUCUGCAGAAAGCAGCGUGCACAGGGACGUGGCCUAUAUUUUCCUACAUAGCCGUCAAAAGUUUGUUUUCUUUGGAAAAUAGCAGGAGAGAAUGUUUAAAAUGAAAAAUAAUUUAAUGAAGUUACACUGAUGAAAAAUAAAUGUAGCUUCAGGAUGAUAUUCCAUAUUCCAUCAGGGCAGCAUAAAUGUGUCAUGCUGUGUCUCAGAUUGCAAGCUAAUAAAUCUCUCUUUACAUUAUCUGACAAAAAGUGGCAGAAUUUCCAUUUCAGUUCAUAUAGUUUUUGCAAACUUUACUAACUGAGAGGCCAAAAACAUACACUAAUUAAGCCCAAUGCCCUGCUCUGUUUUAUCAAGUUUAUAAAAUGAUCAAUUAUUUAAAAUAAAGAAGUGAAAUUUGUCCCAUACAGUGAUUAUCCAGGUCACAGAAGUGAUCAAAUACAUCAGCA